CUUCAACAACAAACGAGCUUGGUUUCUCGACAACCUUCGCGGUCGGACACAAAUCCCGUUUCGAGUCGUCCUCUCACUCGCACUGGGUGUUGAAUGAAGGCAGGACAGCCCUAGCGCCACGCCACCACGACCAUGAUCGGGUCCACGCCAUCCUCGCCACCAGCGAACAGCGGCAGCGGCAACAAAGACCCACGCCCACACGACGAGACCACCACCCCGCCGGCGGACCCCAAGGAAGGGGCUGGCGGUCCCGCGAGGCUGCGCAUCAAGCCGAGCGGCCGCUGCCGGGGCAGCGACGCCGGUGCAGGCGGCAAAGACCUGGAGAUCGAGCUCCCCGGGCACCCGGGGGGAGGCAACGGCAACGACAACGGCACCAGCCCGAAGAGAACCCUCUCGUCCACCUCGGUGGCCCAGCUCAAGGCCCUGGUCCGGGCCGCCCUGGGGGGAACCCCCGCCGGCGGCCGCCCGCCCUCGAUGCGGCUGGUCUGUAAGGGCCGCCUGCUGAGCCCCGACGACCGGCCCCUGUCGGACUUUGCGGUGUCGAGCGGGGACGUCGUCCACGUGGUUCUGGCGGGGACCGCGACCGCGAAUGCGAAUGCGAACACAAGUGCGACCGCAAGUGCGAGCGUACCACAGCCGCAGCAGCACGACCGGCACCGCCGGCGGCGGCAGCGGCCGAACCGUGGCAUCGGAACCAUCGUCGGUCCGGGCGGGCGGGUCACGCGGGACCGCAGCCGGCGGGCCGGCGAGGACGACGAGGAGGACGACGGUGGGAGCAGCACCGACAGCGAUGGCGACGGCGAUGACGAUGCCUACGGGCCGAGCCAUUCCUUGUACCAAUCGGUGGGCAGCGGCAGCGCUCGCUCCCGCCGGGAGCGGCGGCACCGGGACCGGCGGGGAUUCGACCUCCUGCGGGGGCCCCUCAGCCGGUCGGAAAUCACCGCCCUGCGGACCUACUUCAACCGGGACGUCGAUCGGUACGUUCGGCAGCAACAGCAGCAGCAACAACAGCAAUCGCAAGAGACCCAGGGCGACUCCAGCAACGGCAACGGCAACGGCAACGGCAACGACAACAGCGCAGCGGCUCCUCCCACCCUCCACUUGGACGAGCCCGAUCUGACGCGCCGGCGAUUGUUGGUAGAAGAAGAGUGGAUGAGAGUCCAGGGACCGACCUCCGAGUUCCGACUCAAUCUCAACCAGAGCGCGCUGCUCCGGUUUGCGUCACUGGACGGAGGAACCACCGGCGGGAACAACAGCAACGGCAACCACCAGCGCCUGAGAAGCAUUCUGGGAUUGAGCGACGGGAACAACAGCGGCAGCGGCAGCAGCAAUGCCCGGAGCAGCAGCGGCAGAACCACCGCCUUUGGCCAGGCCACCACCCGAUCUACCGCCCGGGGUUCCGAGGGAAACUUUCUCUGGGGGUUCUGCCUGGGAUACUUCACUGGGAUCAUCGGCCUGGUCUGGGUCUGGAUGCCAGCGGUCCCCCCCCGGCAGAAGGCCGGAAUCCUCGCGGGGAUCUGCCUCCAGCUCGUCCUGGAAACCGGGGACGGGGUCCGGAACGAUGGCAUGGACGGCUCCGGGGGCCUGCGCGGGUACAACGAUCCGUCCAUGGAAGCCCGGUCGCCGCCGCUCUCGUCGCUUGCCGCGGAUGAGCCGCUGGGGAGCGGCAACGGCAGCGGCAGCGGCAGCGGCAGCGGCAACGGCAACGACAACCCGUUUCGGUUGCGGGGAUCCACCGGUCACUACUAGCGACUCCACACGAAAGGGAAGGAGGGAGUGCCAAAGAAAGCAAAGCAAAGCAAGCAUGCCCAUCUCCAUCGAAACGCGGCUGCCUUGCAUUGUGUUGCACUGGUUUGCAACCCACUGCAGUUGCAACGACGCACGGACGAAGCCAAUCGAUACAGAAAAAGGAUCGAAACGACAAAACCCAGAAGCGAUGAAAUGGACUUGAAUUGUGCUUUUUUGUAUAAAAAGUAGAAUGCCAGCAAUACUACUAGUAGGAUUGGGGCUCCAGGGCUGGCCAUUUUGAUUCGUUGUUGUUGCCAAAGCUUGCACAUUAUUGACACUACUACUACUAGCUAAGAGCAAAGCAAAAUUUACGACGAGCCUGUUAUUCCCAUUUGUUUCGAGAUCUUUGACACCAGUAAUUCAUACUUUGAGGGAAGUUUGCAGCAGUAAUUCUGUUUUUCAUUUGCUGUCAGUUUGCAGCCGAAAUUAACGCACAAUGCUAUUAAGAUCUAAAAUGAUACUACCAGUUAUUUCAAUAUAAAAUUACAGCCGAA